CAUGUGGAUCAGAGGAUUCUUUCAUUUUGUUCCUCCCACUCUAGUUUCUUUUUUUCUCGCUAAAACCAUCAUCAACAAACCAGUGACAACAAAAAGAAAAUGGUUGGAGAUUGAACAAGGAAAAAAGAAAAAGAAAAAAAGGAAGCAUUUAAGAUAGGAGAAUAAUGCAAAUGGCAAUUUUGUUAAGAGGAGGAACACUUGGUGAUUCUAGCUUUCGUUUGUGGUCAUUAACUACUUCACCUUCUUCUUCUUCUUUGCAUGCUUCUAAGAAUUCCAUACCCUCUUCAUCAUCAUCACCAAUUCCACCUUUGAUUGUAAGCAAACUAAAAUCAGCUAACAGAAAAAACAAGAUCACAUGUUGUUCUGCUGUUCAAGAAUCAUCUACUACUACAGCAGCUACUUCUGAAACAAAGGAGUCCGAAACAAAAGAGGUAAAGGCGGCAGCGACAAAGGCCGAACCGGCGAAGAAGCCUCCAGCUAAAGCACCGGCCAAGCCACUACCUCAGAUGAUGGAGGAGGAUGUGAUCCCUUCACUUAAAGAAAUACUUGAAGCUCAAGAAGAUCUUUCUGAGAUUGAGUUGGUCUUUAAGGACAAUAAGUUGGAAGGUUCAUUCUUGAAAAAGGGAAAUCCAUAUUCAUUUUGGGCCUUCUUUCCUACAGGCAUAACUGGUCCAAAGGGGUUUUCAUUGUCAUCAUAUAACUCAGGACCAAGCACCGUUGAGCCAUUUCUUGUUGAUGAAAAGAAAGUUACUGCAAAACUCAUAAUCUUCUGGGUUGAGAAACGUUUGGCAGCACAGGGUAUCAUUCCUGUAUGGAAAGAAUGAUUAAUAUCUUCAAAAUAGUGAAAAUUUUUCAUUUUUAUUUUGGUUACAAAGUGAUGUAACAGACAAUUUAACAUUCUAUUGUCCCUUGGGCCUUGGCUUAAUUAAAAACUAUAUUGUAUA